UGAAAAAACCACAAACACAAGAGUUAUUUGUUAGAAGAGGAGCUGCUAUCAAGGAACAAGGGCUGCCUCUUUGUGUGGUUGGCUGGUGCAAGGCUUGCCUUCCAGCUUUUGGAAAAUAUCUUUAACUUAAUCACAUUCACAUGACAAACCCUAAAUUAAAAAAAAAAACCAACAACCCAUGAGUAAUGCAGAAAGGAGAGAAGCGAAAGAGAGGAGAAGUCUGAGAGCUGCGGAUCGCUUCACAGGCAGCGCGGAGCUGUCAGAGAGAGAGGGGAGGGUGCAGCCUUUGCAGAGACGAGAUCGGGAGCAGUUUAACCCCAUCCGAUCUCCGGGCUGGCGAGAAGAGAGAGAGAGGAAGGUCCAGUAACCAGGCAAGGGCUGCGGAUUGCAACGAAAGCCCAGGACUUCCCUCCUGGCGUCACUCAGUGCUGAGGCGUGUUGGCUUCGCAGGAAGCAGGUUUUCCUCCUCUGGCUUUGCAAAGCCCCCUUUUCCGUGGAGCCUCAUGCACUCUGCAGAGCAGCAGCCCAGGCGGCAGGAUGGCUCCCCGGGAGAGAGGCGCUAAGGUGCUGGCCCCCCUCCUGCUACUGCUCGCCCUCCUCGGCAGCCCCAGCGCCGGCCUGGAGGUGCAGCACAAGUUCCUCUCGCCCACCUUGACCAACAACUUCGCCCUGGAUGGGCUGGGCAGCAAGAUCUACCUGGCGGCUGUCAACCGGCUCUACCAGCUCUCCGGCCCCAACCUGACGCUGGAGGUGGAGGAGCAGGUGGGCCCGGUGCUGGAUAACCCCCUGUGCCACGCGCCCCAGCUGCCCCAGGCUUCCUGCGAGCACCUCAAGGUGGAGACCAACAACUACAACAAGAUCCUGCAGCCGGACCCGGAGCAGGGCAUCGUGGUGGUGUGCGGCUCCAUCUACCAGGGCUUCUGCCAGCUGCGCAGCAUGGCCAACAUCUCCGCCGUGGCCGUGAGCUUCCCGCCGGGCAGUGCCGGCGGCGGCGGGGACCCGGUGACCGUCUUCCCCAGCAUGCUCAACAUCGCGGCCAACCACCCCAACGCCUCCACCGUGGGGCUGGUGCUGCGGCCCGCGGGGCCGGCGGGUGAGGGGAGGCCGGACACGCGGCUGCUGGUGGGGGCGACCUACACGGGCUUCGGCAGCCCCUUUUUCCCGCGCAACCAGAGCCUGGAGGACCACCGCUUCGAGAACACGCCCGAGAUCGCCAUCCGCGCCCUCAACGCCCGCGGCGACCUGGCCAAGCUCUUCACCUUCGACCUCAACCCCUCCGACGACAACAUCUUCAAGAUCAAGCAGGGGGCCAAGGCCCGCCACAAGCUCAGCUUCGUCCGGGCCUUCCUGCACCCGCCCCCCCCGCCGCGGGGCCCCGGCGGCGCCUCCUACGCCUACCUGGCCCUCAACAGCGAGGCCAACGCCGGCGACAAGGAGAGCCACUCGCACAGCCUGCUGGCCCGCAUCUGCCUGGCCGAGCCCGGCCGCAACGCCAGCGCCGGCGAGACCAAGAAGCUGACCGAGUCCUACAUCCAGGUGGGGCUGCAGUGCGGGGCCGGGGGCGCCGACGGCUUCACCCGCCUGGUCUCCGUCUUCCCGGCCGCCGCCGCCCUGCGGCUGGGACCCGCGGCGGCGCCUCGGCCCCAGGAGCUGCUCUUCGGGGUCUUCGAGAGAGCCGCCCCGCCGGGGGCCCGCCAGCCCUCGGCGCUCUGCGCCUUCCGCUUCGCCGACAUCGAGCGGAGUAUCCGGCAGGCCAGGAACUCGUGCUUCGUGGAGCCGGACUCCGGGCUGGUGACCGUGCUGGACAGCGUGGUGCAGGGCACCGGGCCCGCCUGCGAGAAGAGGAAUAUCCAGCUUCAGCCAGAGCAAUUAGACUGUGGAGCAGCCCAUCUCCAACACCCUUUGGCCAUCCUGCAACCCAUAAAGGCAACACCAGUGUUCAAAUACCAGGGCCUCACCUCGGUGGCCGUUUCCAGUGUCAAUAACUACACCGUUGUGUUUCUGGGCACAGCAAAUGGAAGACUCCUGAAGAUUAAUCUGAACAGUGCCACGAAGAUUAUUAGCAGGAAGUCAGUUUCAGUGGCUUAUGGGGAAUCCGUUCAUCCCAUCAUGCAGUUUGAUCCUUCUGAUUCCAGCUACCUCUAUCUCAUGACUUCCUAUCAGAUGACCCGUGUGAAGGUGGCUGCCUGUGACCAGUAUACAACAUGUACGGAGUGCCUGGCUGCAGCUGAUGCUUAUUGUGGAUGGUGUACAAUGGAGACCAGGUGUUCUCUGCAGCAUGAGUGUAUUAAUUCCACUGAGCCAAAUUUCUGGACGAGUGCGAGUGAGGGAGUGCAGCAGUGUCCUUCAAUGACAAUCACGCCAUUGGAAAUUAAUAUCGACAAUGACGACAAGGGCAUGAUCAUCCAAAUAAAUGGGAACAUCCCGAGCCUCAGUGGAAUGGAGAUGUCUUGUGAUUAUGGAAAUAAUAUCUACACUGUCGCCAGAGUCCCUAGAAAUGAUGUAAACUCUUUUAUUUAUUGUAAUUUUCUUCCAAGAGAGAAAUAUCCCGCAUUCCCACCCAAUCAAGACCAUGUGAUUGUUCAAACUGCAAUACGGGUCAACGGCAAAAAUAUUGUCUGGGCCAAUUUCACCAUCUAUGAUUGCAAAAGAACUGGAAAUAUUUACCCCAAAACAGCAUGUACCAGCUGCCUCUCGACCAAAUGGAAGUGUUAUUGGUGCACUAAGAAAUACAUGUGUGUCUCCAAUUACUCUGAUUGUGAGGACUCACUAAAGAUGAAUAGCACCACUGACUGUCCACGGAUUGUACCUGCCUCGCUAGAACCGAUGCCCACGGGGGCUUCUCAGGACAUCAUGAUCUCAUUGGCUAAUGCUGCUUUCUCCAAGGAUACUGUUCUGGAAUGUCAUUUUGGAACUGACAGGACGUUUGAAGCCAGAUGGGUGAACACCUCCACCGUUCAGUGCAGCAGUGUCCUGCUCCACACAUCAGAAAAAAGCCAUAUCUUCCCGGUAAACCUUCAGCUGAAGGAUAAGCCAGACAGAUUCAUUGACAGUCCACAGAUGAUGACAGUGGAGGUCUAUAACUGUGCAACUGGAAGCACAGACUGUUCUCAGUGCCUGGGGAGAGAGGACAUGGGGCACCGAUGCAUCUGGAGUGAGAGCAGCUCCAUUUGCAGACUAAACACUGAAUCCCCACAGAUCCCAGUCAUGUGUCCUGCUCCGGAGAUUAGGAAGAUUGAGCCCCUGAGCGGGCCCCUGGAAGGAGGAACUCUGCUCACAAUAAGAGGAAGGAACCUGGGCCGUAGGUUCAGUGAUGUCGUUAAUGCUGUCAAGAUAGGGAGUGUGAGAUGUGCACCACUCUGGGACAGAUACAUGGUCUCUGAGGCCAUUAUAUGCCAGACUGGAGAAGCUCCCUCUAUAUUUUCCGAUGUAGUGACAGUUAACGUGAGCAGGGAAGGGAAAUCAAGGGAGCGGUACUCCUAUGUGCUCCCUGAGGUGCAGUCCGUGGCUCCAGGUGCUGGCCCUAAAGCUGGAGGCACCAAAGUAACCAUCAGAGGGAGUAAUCUCAACGUAGGAUCUGAUCUCCGCGUCCUGGUCAAUAGCACUAAACAGUGCACAAACCUCACCCGAACUGCUACCACCAUCACAUGCACCAUGCCGGCCGUGGAGCUCACUAUGGCUGUGCGACUCUGCGUCCAGUUUGAGAACAAGUCUUGCAUCAAUGAUAACAUCACAUUCAAGUAUGAGAGAAACCCGAUUAUAACAGAUAUCAACCCGACAAGGAGUCAGAUCAGUGGAGGCAGGAUCAUCACUCUGGAAGGACACGGAUUUUUGAUGGUUCAGAAUGUGUCAAUGGUGGUUCACAGCAUCGGGAAAGAACAAACAAACUGUAAGGUUCACACCGACACUAUGAUUACCUGCCCCUCUCCAGCUGCCUCCAACCUCACUGUGGGGAGCAAGCCAGCACCGGUGGACUUCUACAUCAAUGGACGCCUCUACACGGACGACAGGCUGGCUCCCGAUGAGUACAUGUACCCCGAGGAGGCCCAGCACACCAGCAAGUUCAGCCUGGAGUACUACGCCGACCCCCAGUUCUUCACAGCCAAGAAGGAGAAAUGGAUCAAGCAUCAUCCUGGGGAACCCCUGACUCUGGUUAUACAUAAAGAGCCUGACAACCUAAGCCUGGAAAGCGAUGAGUACCAAGUGAAAAUUGGCCUCCUUUCUUGUGAGAUACAGAUUGUUUCAGACAAAGUCAUUCACUGCUCAGUCAACGAGUCACUGAGCACAUCGGAAAGACAGCUGCCCGUGACGAUCCAGGUUGGAAAAUUCAACCAGACGAUUGCUAUGCUGCACCUUGGGGGAGGCGAGACAGCGAUCAUAGUCUCCAUAGUCAUCUGCAGUAUCCUGCUGCUUCUGUCUGUCGUAGGCUUGUUUGUGUUCUGCACUAAGAGCCGCAGGGCAGAGCGCUACUGGCAGAAAACCUUGCUCCAAAUGGAGGAGAUGGAGUCCCAGAUCCGAGAGGAAAUCCGCAAAGGUUUUGCUGAGCUUCAGACUGACAUGACAGACCUGACCAAGGAAUUAAACCGCAGCCAGGGGAUCCCGUUCCUGGAGUACAAGCACUUUGUGACACGGACAUUCUUCCCCAAAUGUUCCUCGCUCUAUGAGGAGCGUUACGUUCUGCCUUCCCAGCAGCUCAACUCACAGGUUGGGUGUCAGGUCCAAGAAACUCAUCCCUUGCUGUCAGGAGAAUGGAAAAUUCCUGAAAAUUGCAGGCCCAACAUGGAAGAAGGAAUUGCAUUAUUCUCCACCCUGCUCAACAACAAGCACUUCCUCAUCGUAUUCGUCCAUGCUCUCGAGCAGCAGAAGGACUUUGCUGUUAGAGACAGGUGUAACUUGGCCUCCUUGCUCACUAUUGCAUUACAUGGAAAACUGGAGUACUACACCAGCAUCAUGAAGGACCUGUUGGUGGAUCUCAUAGAUGCUUCAGCUUCCAAAAACCCUAAGCUUAUGCUGAGGAGGACCGAGUCUGUGGUGGAAAAGAUGCUCACCAACUGGAUGUCCAUCUGCAUGUACAGCUUUCUCAGAGAGACAGUCGGGGAGCCCUUCUUCCUGUUGCUCUGUGCUAUCAAACAACAGAUCAACAAGGGUUCCAUUGAUGCCAUCACGGGAAAAGCCAGGUAUACUCUCAAUGAAGAAUGGCUGCUGAGAGAGAACAUUGAGGCAAAGCCAAGGAACCUCAAUGUGUCUUUCCAAGGCUGCGGCAUGGACUCCCUGAGUGUUCGGGUCAUGGACACAGAUACUCUAAGUCAAGUUAAAGAGAAGAUCCUUGAAGCUUUUUGCAAGAAUGUCCCGUACUCCCAGUGGCCAAGAGUAGAAGAUGUUGACCUUGAAUGGUUUGCCACAAGCACUGACAGCUACGUCCUGCGGGACCUCGAUGACACUUCGGUGAUGGAGGAUGGCAGAAAGAAGCUCAACACUUUAGCCCACUACAAGAUUCCUGAAGGUGCCUCUCUGGCAAUGAGUUUAUCAGAUAAGAAGGACACCACGCUAAGUCGAGUGAAGGAUCUGGAUACCGAAAAAUACUUUCAUUUAGUUCUUCCAACUGAUGAACUGAUUGAACAUAAGAAGUCCCAUAGACAGAGCCAUAGGAAAAAAGUCCUACCUGAGAUCUACUUGACCAGGUUACUAUCUACUAAGGGAACACUGCAGAAGUUCCUGGAUGACCUAUUCAAAGCCAUUCUCUGUAUGCGAGAGGACAAGCCGCCUGUGGCUAUCAAGUAUUUCUUUGACUUUCUGGAGGAGCAAGCGGAGAAAAGAGGGAUCUCUGACCCUGACACUUUGCACAUUUGGAAAACCAACAGCCUACCUCUGAGAUUUUGGGUCAACAUUCUGAAGAAUCCCCAGUUUGUCUUUGACAUCGACAAGACUGACCAUAUAGACGCCUGUCUCUCUGUCAUAGCCCAGGCCUUCAUCGAUGCCUGUUCCAUCUCCGACCUACAGCUGGGCAAGGACUCACCUACCAAUAAACUACUGUAUGCCAAGGAGAUUCCAGAGUAUAGGAAAAUAGUGCAGCGCUAUUACAAACAGAUCCAUGACAUGCCGCCUCUCAGUGAGCAGGAAAUGAAUGCACAUCUCGCAGAGGAGUCACGGGUAAGAAAUCCGCAAAGCCACAGUAGCUUUAAAAAGGGUCCACUCAUACACCCACUGGUGUCCACUGGAGUAAGAGCAGCCCCACAGAAUCUGUUGUGGGACUGUGUUGUUGUUCUCCAAACUGCUGAGCAUGCCUUUUCUGGCUUGGUAGGUAACCUAUGGGAACAGCAGGCAGGGAUCAGCUGUCUGCAAUACAGGACAUUGGGUAGUGCAGCACAGGGCACUGCUGUUAAGCAUCAUACAUGCUAAUGCUGAAGGAGGAACAGAAAAGGACAAAUCAUUUCUCCUCGCUCUAUAUAAACACAGCCAGAUCCACUAACUCCACUUUCUCUGGCU